CCCAGAUGUGGCCAGGUGUGUCAGAGACCCCUCCCCAGGUGUGUCCAGGUGUGUCCAGGUGUAUCCAGGUGUCCCCAGGUGUAUCCAGGUGUGUCCAGGUGUCCCCAGGUGUACUGAGGUGUAUCUCAGGUGUUCCCAGGUGUGUCCAGGUGUACCCCAGGUGUCCCCAGGUGUGUCCGGCUGUACCUACACUGCACAUCCAGGGCCAUUCCGGCGUUGAAGGCCAGGCUGGAGUUGGGCAGGGUCACCUGGCAGCGACCCCCAGGUACCCCCAGGUGUGUCAGGGACCCCCAGAACCCCUCCCCAGGUGUACCCAGGUGUACCCCAGCUGUCCCCAGGUGUGUCCAGGUGUAUCCAGGUGUGUCCAGGUGUGUCUGGCUGUACCUACACUGCACAUCCAGGGCCAUUCCGGCGUUGAAGGCCAGGCUGGAGUUGGGCAGGGUCACCUGGCAGCGACCCCCAGGUACCCCCAGGUGUGUCAGGGACCCCCAGAACCCCUCCCCAGGUGUGUCCAGGUGUAUCCAGGUGUACCCCAGCUGUCCCCAGGUGUACCCCAGGUGUCCCCAGGUGUGUCCAGGUGUAUCCGGCUGUACCUACACUGCACAUCGAGCGCCAUUCCGGCGUUGAAGGUGAGGCUGGAGUUGGGCAGGGUCACCUGGCAGCGACCCCCAGGUACCCCCAGGUGUGUCAGGGACCCCCAGAACCCCUCCCCAGGUGUGUCCAGGUGUUCCCAGGUGUACCCAGGUGUGUUUGGUUGUACCUACACUGCACAUCCAGGGCCAUUCCGGCGUUGAAGGCCAGGCUGGAGUUGGGCAGGGUCACCUGGC